ACAGACACACACACACACACACGCGCCCCUCGCGCCCCUGUGCUUGGGAAGAGCGCGUGCGAAGCGCCCGGUCAGUGAGUGUGACUGGUGAAACCAUGCGCUCUCUCGCGCUGUGGCUGUCGCUCGCGCUCCUGUGCGCGUUUCUCCGCUGCACCGCCUCCGAGUUCUCCUCCUCUUCUUCCUCUUCCAAAUCAGACCUGGAUUACGAGUUCGGAGACUAUCGUGGCAAAUGGUGCAUCGACGAUCACGGCUUCGUGUACAGCAUCGGCGAGGUUUAUUACCCGGGGCGCGCCGCGUGCCCGUGCACCUGCACGGAGGACGGACCGGUGUGCGUGCGACCCAAGUGCCCACGCAUACACCCGCGCUGCACGCGCAUCAAGUACAAGUCUUGCUGUCCGGUGUGCGAGGCUAUCAGCAAGGUGUGUGUGUACGGAGGCAAAACAUACCGGGUGUUCGAGGAGUUCAGGUUAUCUCGGUGUGAGCGCUGUCGCUGUGAGCCCAGUGGUGAAGUUUAUUGCAGCAUAUCGGACUGUCCAGCUCUGCACUGUGUGAACCCCGUAUACGAACCCAGACACUGCUGCCCUGUGUGUAAGAGCGGUCCAAACUGCUUUGCGGGGAAUCGCAUCAUUCCGGCUGGAGAGCGAGUGGAAGUGGACGAAUGGACUGUCUGUUUCUGUACCUACAGAGACGGAACCUGGCAAACGCACCCUCACGCCACGUGCGAACAGCGCCAGCAGCCAGACGAAGACGUGUUCAAGCAGAUGGAGGAGCAGGAGACGGAGCGAGAGAGGGAGAGAGAGAGGCAGAGAGAGAGAGAGCGCCUGCCCAGGCUGGAUGCUAUCCCAUGAUGGCUCGAGCGUCCACGGCCUGGAGAAACACAACCUGCGCUGUACCGAGUGCCAACGCUGACCUCUUCCACCCCCUCCAGACUCAAGACAUCCGGUUCACCGACUACAUUCUGGGAUACGUCUUACAUUUACACACUUGGUGCAACAUGCUGAAAGAUGUUUAGAUGAAUCCAAACUUGAGUAGUUUAUUAAACAUCCAGAAAAAAGUUUUCAAUUUCAUGAGACAUGUUCACGUGUGUGACCUAAUAUACACCUCUACUUAGCUAGUUAGCUUUCACUCGCUACAUCUCUCAGACUCAAAGUGACUGACCACUUUACAUUAAAAGGUUAGUGGUUAUAGUGAGUGAUGCUGGAAAGUCAUCAGUCAUUCAGACCCUGUACUGUGUGAGACAGAAUUACACUAUAUUGGCAAAAGUUUUGGGACAGCCCUCCAAAUCAUUGAGUUCAGGUGUUGUUUUUCAGGGGUUGGGCUCGGC